AUGCCUCUUGCGGCGCGCGAGCUGGGCCACCCGGUGCGGGACGUGAACGGCGCGCGCCACACGGGCUUCGCCAUCGCGCAGACGACCACGCGCAACGGCAGCCGCCUGAGCAGCGCGCGCGCCUUCCUGCGGCCCGCGCGCGCGCGGCCCAACCUGCACGUGCUGCUCAACGCCACGGUGACGCGCGUGCUGCUCAACGCGACGGCGCGGCGCGCGGUGGGCGUGGAGCUGCGGCGCGGCGACACCGGCGACCUCGUCGUCGUGCACGCCAGGAACGAGAGACUGCUGGAAAUUGAAUCAAAUAGCUCCAGGAAAGUUAGAGUUGAAACUUCGUUUAGCACGGGCGUGUCGGAGACGACGGGCUUCAUCCACUCGCGCUUCGCCGACCCGGCGCAGGACGACCCGGACAUCCAGUUCUUCUUCGGCGGCUUCCUGGCCAACUGCGCGCGCACCGGGCAAGUGGGCGAGCGCUCGGACGGCGGCGGCGGCAACGCGACGGGCGCGCCCGCGCAGCGCGUUGUCAACAUCAUCCCGGUGGCGCUGCACCCGCGCAGCAGGGGCGUGCUGCGCCUCCGCUCCGCCGACCCCGCCGCGCCGCCGCUCAUCUUCGCCAGAUACCUCUCGCACCGGCAGGACGUCGAGACGGUGGUGGACGGCAUCCGCUUCGCGCUGCGCCUGGCGGAGGCGCCGGCGCUGCGCCGCUUCGGCUUCCGCCUAGACCGCACGCCCGUGCAGGGCUGCGAGAACCUCACGUUCGGCUGCGACGCAUACUGGGAGUGCGCGGUGCGGCGCGACACUAUGCCCGAGAACCACCAGGCCGGCAGCUGCCGCAUGGGCCCGCCGGGCGACCCCGGCGCGUGCGUCGACCCCGAGCUGCGCGUGCAGGGACUGGACGGGCUGCGCGUGGCAGACGCCAGCGUCAUGCCGUCCGUCACCUCGGGCAACACCAACGCGCCCACCAUCAUGAUCGCGGAGAAGGCCGCCGACCUCAUCAAGCAGCGCUGGCUGCGGCGCAGAUGGGGACACAACUGGAGCAAAUCUUUAGAUUAA